AGAGUUCAUCGCCAUUCGGGCCGAGCUGGAGAAGGACUUUACACUAACCAAGCGGAACAAGACACUGUGGGAGCUGAUUGAAAGGAAAAUGAGGGAGAAAGGGUUUCGGAGGAGCGCAGAUCAAUGUAAAUGUAAAUGGAAGAACUUGGUGAACCGUUACAAGGGGAAGGAGACAUCUGAGCCAGAUUAUGAGUUCUCGCAGGGAAAAGACCUCUUUGAUCCUGAGAAUGGGAGGCCAUGCCCUUUCUUUGACGAACUUGAUGCAGUAUUCAAGGAGCGUGCCAGGAACUCAGAAAGAAAUCUACAGGAAUCUGAGCCAGGGUCUCGAGCCAAGAAGAAAGGCAAGAGGGGUAAAGUCAAAAGUGAGGAUGAUGAUGAUAGUGAGGAUGAAGACGAUGAGGAGGAAAGUGAAGAAGACCGUGUCGUACAGAGGAAGAAAAGGAAGGGCGAGAAGGACACCAAUCGGCCUAGGGUAACAGCGGAGAAGUAUCGUGCCAACAGCAUGCAGGAAGUGUUGGAGGAAUUUUUCCAGCAGCAGCAGAAGGUGGAGGAGCAGUGGAGAGAGUCGGUGGAGAGGAGAGAACAGGAGCGGCGGUGGCGGGAGCAGGAGUGGAGAGAUGCCAUGGAGAAGCUGGAACAGGAGCGAAUCGCAAGAGAGCAAAUGUGGCGAGAGCAUGAGGAGCAAAGGAGGAUUCGUGGUGAGGCCCGUGCACUGAAGAGAGACGAACUCUUUGCGGCCUUGUUGACCAAGCUGGCUCAGGAUGAGGGUUAUUGAGGUGGCGAAUGUGCUUUUGUUUCAACAUGUCAAUGAUGUGAAUUGCAGAUUAUCAUAUGUACGUCACAGUCGAGCGCACCAGACUGAUCAUGGGUAACUGGAGAUCUGUUGUAAACACCCCUUGCGUGGUGGAUUACAGGGCGCCACAUGGCAACUGGUUGUGAAUGAGUGCCAUGAACAGUUUUACCAGCCAAGGAUUCUGAGGCGUGAAAUUAAUGGAGCGAAAAGAAGUGAAUAUGCUCGGAACAGUUAGAGUCUUGGUCAUUUUUGCGAAAUAUGUCCAGUUUGGGUUAUGGAAAAGCUCGACGUCAGAGGGUGGUCUGCAGCACGGAGCAUGUGUGGGUUCCCCACUUGUAGAGGUGUAAAUCUCCUUAUUGAAAGGUUUUGAAACGUUUGUAUAUGGAGUCCGAUGUAAGGCCCAGACUGAUUGUAAGAUUGACAAGUACCCCAAAUUUUGUGUUUUCUUCUAAUUUUAAAAAAGAUUACGGUUUAAUUUUCUAAAA